CAUUCACAACCCAUUCACUCCAGAACCAAUUUCUCCCCCGCCAGUCAACCCAAAAAAAGGCAAAGGGAUUUAACUACCCAUCAUCACACUUUUCCUCUUUCUUAAUUUUCUUCACUUGUCUUCAACCAUACCAAGAUAAGACUGUGCGACAUCCAGCCGUUGUCACCUUGCCGGUUGCGCAUGAACCGGAAGGAUUUUACAUCACACCUGGCAACGUGCACAUCACUGCAACCUUCCUACCUCACAUCUCAUCAUGACUUCGAAUAAUUAUAAUCAAUUCGAAGAGUCGGAAGAUGAGGAUGACUUUAAUCCCGCGCCUGCCGAUAUCUCCGAUGACGAAAAUGCGGGCAACGAGCGCGAUCGGGGGUUCAAAAAUGAAGCAAGAGAUUCGACCCCAGUGAACAAAGCCGAAGACGACGAAGAUGAAUCUCUAGUGGCUUCAAAGCCCUCUGCACAUGCUGCCGAACACGAUGACGAGCGUGGUGAUGGGGAAGAAGAAGAGGAGGACGCAGAACGCACCGGCAACGCGGUAGACGACGAGGAAGAGGAGGAAGAGGAGGAUGACGAGGACGAGGACGAAGACGAUGUCCAACACGGCCAUCGGCGUAAGCGCCGUCGAGAUCGGCGCACUGCCUUCUUCGAUAUCGAAGCCGAGGUUGACGACGAAGAAGACGGCGAGGACGAGGAGAAGGACGUCGAGGAGAUUGAAGAUUUCAUCGACAAUGAACAUCCGGAUGAUGUCGUUGAUACCGGCAGGCUCGACGACCGGCGGCAUCGCGAACUCGACCGCCAGCGCGAGCUGGAAAAUAGCAUGGACGCCGAAAAGCAAGCCGAGAUUCUCCGACAGCGAUAUGGCAACCGCCGUCCGGCGAGGGGAUUGGGCGACUCGUCCUUCGUGCCCAAGCGCCUUCUCAUGCCUAGCGUCGACGAUCCCACCAUUUGGGCCGUGCGCUGCAAGGAAGGCAAGGAGCGCGAGGUCGUCUUUGCGAUUCAGAAGAGAGUCCAAGAGAGGAUGGGCACCAGGGACGAGCUGGCCAUCUUUUCCGCAUUUGAGCGAGGAGGCCCGCAGUCGGUCAUGAAGGGAUACGUCUACGUGGAAGCCACUCGGACGGCUGACAUCAUGGCUGCGCUGGACGGAAUGCUCAACGUUUAUCCCCGCAACAAGUUGGUCCUCGUCGACAUUAAGGACAGGCCAGACCUCCUCCGCGUGACCAAGACGCCGACGCUAGAGCCUGGUGCGUGGGUGCGUCUCCGUCGGCCUGCGAAGCACGCUGGCGAUCUUGCUCAGGUCCUCGACGUGACCGAGAACGGGCUCGAAGCCAGGGUCCGCUUCAUUCCUCGCCUCGACUACGGAGUCAGGGACGAGUCGCUGAAUUCGGUGCUGACCGCGGACGGGAAGAGGAAGCGACCCGUUGGCAUGCCUGGUCCGCGACCUCCGCAGCGUCUCUUCAACGAAACCGAAGCGCGGAAGCGACACCCCAGACAUAUUCAGGGCAAUCCCACGACAAAGACCUGGACCUAUAUGGGUGACGAGUUUGAGAACGGCUUCCAGGUUAAGGAUAUCAAGAUCCAACAGCUCGUCGUCCAGGAUGUUAACCCUACUCUGGAAGAGGUGACGAGAUUCGCAUCGGGGGCGGAAGACGGCACUGAGAACCUCGACAUGAAGGCCCUCGCCGCGAGCUUGAAAGACAGCAACGCGAACGUUGCCUAUCUGCCCGGCGACAUUGUGGAGGUAUACGAAGGCGAGCAAAGGGGCGUUGUGGGCAGGGCCACCAGUGUCUCUGGCGAUAUCGUCACGCUCGAGGUCAUAAAAGGCGACCUCGCCGGACAAGUCAUCGAAGUGCCGACCAAGGGAUUGAGGAAGCGGUUCCGGGAGGGUGAUCAUGUCAAGGUCGUUGGCGGCAGCAAGUUCCGAGACGAGGUCGGUAUGGUCGUCAAGAUUGAAGACGACCGUGUCACGUUCAUCACCGACCAGACCAACACGGAAGUCACAGUGUUCAGCAAGGAUCUUCGCGAAGCCAGUGAUAUCGGUGGACAAGGAUCCCUGGGCCAGUACUCCCUCCUCGACCUUGUGCAGCUGGACCCCACGACUGUGGCCUGUAUCGUCAAGGUGGACCGCGAGUCGUUGGUCGUGCUGGAUCAACACGGCGACACUCGCCAAGUUCUGCCAUCCCAGAUCGCAAACAAGCUGCCCAAGAGGAAGAUUGCCGUCGCAGCCGACCGAGACGGCUCGGAGAUUCGUCUCGACGACGUGGUGCGCGAGGCUGGCGGCCAGCAGCGCCAGGGCAAGAUCAUCCACAUCCACCGCUCUUUCAUUUUCCUGCACAGUCACAGCAUCAACGAGAAUGCGGGCGUGUUUGUCACCAGGGCCGGAAACGUCACCACCGUGGCUGCCAAGGGCGGGCGAGUCUCCUCGGCUGGGCCCAACCUGGAUCAAAUGAACCCGGCUGUGAAGCGGAAUCCAGCCGGCGUCGAGAACAAGAUGUUGCCCCCCAAGACGUUCGGCCGCGAUCGCGCGCUGGGUCAGACUGUGAUCAUCAAGAAGGGCGGCUACAAGGGUCUCUUGGGCAUCGUCAAGGAUACCACGGACACGAUGGCACGGGUCGAGCUGCACACGAAGAGCAAGACCAUCAGCGUUCCCAAGGAAUUCCUCAGCUUCAAGGACAAACAUACCGGCGCGAGAAUCGACAUCGGCGGCCGCCCUCCGCGAGCGUCUCAAGGCGGCGGAGGCGGAUUUGGUGGUGCUGGCCGCAGCGAUGCAAGCUGGCAAGGAGGUCGUACGCCCAUGGCUGGGUCUGAGAGAACUCCCGCAUGGGGCUCUAGAACACCCGCCGUCACGAGCGGAGCACGAACUCCUGCUUGGAAGGCCAGCGCGCCAGGUGGCGACUACUCCGGCUCACGUACGCCUGCUUGGGCCGAUGGUUCGCGAACUGCAUACGGAGACGGCAACCGCACGGCAUAUGGCGGCGGAUCCCGCACACCCGCAUGGCAGUCCGGUGCACGGACGCCAGCUCCAGGAGGCGAUGCCUUCGGCGUCGGAUCUCGCACGCCGGCGUACGCCAGCGACGCCUGGGGUUCCGGAUCCAAGACGCCCGCGUAUGGAGGCGUCUCUGCGCCGACUCCUGCUGCCAGCGGCGGCGACUCGUGGGGUUACGGAGGCUCGUCAAACGCCUACGACGCACCCACCCCCGGUGUUGGUCUGGGCGCCCCUACUCCCGGAGCGCUCAACGCCCCGACGCCGGGCGCGUACUCGGCCCCCACCCCCGGCGCGCCGACCCCCGGAGGCUGGCAGGGCGGAUGGGGUGCUGAUUCGGCUCCCACGCCCGCUGCUGCGGCUGCGCCCACACCGGCUGCGUCUGGCUCGGCGUAUUACGGGGCUCCGACGCCUGCGGCGUACGGCGCGCCGGAGACGCCUGCUGCGAGCGGACCUCGGUAUACCGACGAUGAUUAGAUGCGGAUCGUUAUGGGCCGGGGUCCGAAAUAGCCAACAAGGGACUUUCGAUGCUUUUUUCCCCCUCCUCUUGGUGCUGGAUGGGGCGCCGCGCCUCUCCGAGAAGCUGAUUUGCGAGGGGACAUUUUGGGGGCCUAGUCGCCAGAUGCUUUGACGCUUGUCUUUGGUUCUUUGCUAGUGGGAGGGACAUUAGGGAGAAUGCGCUUUCGGAAGACUCUUUGCAUUGCAUGUAUAUCACCGGAACGAUACAUAUGUAGAGAGAAACAGGCGCCACGGGUUGGCUUUCGCCCGAUAUUGGCCUUCUUGUCCGUGUUACUGGUGACUCCAUGUUACCGACAACUUCUGCCUAGUGACCCUCUAGUAGCGACUGGCGAUAGGGGCAAGGGGAGGAUUUCCGUAUAUUUCUUUUGGCAGGUUGGAUAUCUCGUCUCGGC